UCUCAUCCUAACUACAGUACCCACUAUUAGCCCUGGCCUUUGUCUCUCACAGUGAGCAGUGAGAGAGUGAGGGUGAGAGACGGAAAGAAUAGAGAAUAGAGGGAUUUUUAUGUUUUAAAUGGACGUAGAUUCAUGAAACUAGGAGGACUCAAGCUUUUGUCCUCCUUAGUUUUAUUUUAUUUUAUUUUUCUAGUAUCUUUUCUCUCUUUUUAAAGAAUUUUUACCUUUUAGAAUUCUUUCUCUGGCUUGUGUGACCCUUUACAGAAGCGUGGCUGGAGAUAAACCUGAGUGUGUGUGAGUUUGAGUGUACUUUAGUGUAUUUUAGUGUACUUUAGGGUACUUUAGUAUACUUUAGGGUACUUUAGUGUGUCAGCGGCAGGAGCCAUGAGGAAGCCCUGGUUCUUGGUGCUGCUGUGUCUGAGUUUGGCAGCUCUGGCCUGGGCUGAGAAAGGCCUGGAGUUCCCUCGCUAUGAUGGAAAGGACAGAGUGCUGGACAUCGAUGGCAAGAACUACCGUAAAGCUCUGAAGAUCCACCGCAUGCUGUGCCUGCUGUACCACCCACCUGCACCAGCCAGCAAAGAGCUGGAGAAACAGUUCCAGAUGACUGAACUGGUGCUGGAGCUGGCCGCUCAGGUUUUGGAGGAGAAGGACAUUGGUUUCGGGAUGGUGGACUCUGAGAAGGAUGCUAAAGUUGCUAAGAAGCUAGGUCUAGAAGAAGAGGGCAGUUUGUACGUGUUUAAAGAUGAUCGUGUGAUCGAGUUUGACGGGUUACUUUCUGCAGACACGAUUGUGGAGUUUCUGCUGGAUUUGUUGGAGGAUCCUGUUGAGGUGCUUGAUAACGCUCUGGAGCUGCAGGCCUUCGACCGCAUGGAGGAGGACAUCAGACUCGUUGGCUACUUCAAGAGCCAGGAGUCAGAAUAUUUCCUGGCUUUUCAGGAAGCAGCUGAACAGUUCCAGCCCUUUAUUAAGUUUUUUGCCACCUUUGAGAAAUCGGUGGCGAAGGAGUUAACUCUGAAGAUGAAUGAGGUGGAUUUCUAUGAGCCCUUUAUGGAGGAACCAGUCACUAUUCCAGACAAGCCUCAUACUGAGGAGGAGAUAGUGGCUUUUAUCACUGAGCACAGGAGGCCAACACUGAGAAAACUGAAGGCUGAGGAUAUGUUUGAAACUUGGGAGGAUGACUUAAAUGGGAUUCACAUUGUUGCCUUUGCAGAAGAGGAGGAUCCAGACGGCUUUGAGUUCAUAGAGAUCCUGAAAGAGGUUGCCAGAGAUAACACUGAAAACCCUGACCUGAGUAUUGUCUGGAUUGAUCCUGAUGAUUUCCCUCUGCUCAUUCCUUACUGGGAGAAGACCUUUAAGGUUGACCUCUUCAGGCCUCAGAUCGGAAUAGUUAACGUCACAGAUGCGGACAGCGUGUGGCUGGAGAUGGAUGAUGAUGAGGAUCUGCCCUCUGCUGAGGAGCUGGAGGACUGGAUAGAAGAUGUGCUCUCCGGAAAAGUCAAUACAGAGGAUGAUGAUGAGGAUGAUGAUAAUGAUGAUGAUGAUGACGAUGAUGAUGAAAAGGAUGAUGACGACGAUGAUGAUGAUGACGAUGAUGAUGAUGAUGAGGAUGAUGAUGAGUAAUAUAUUUGAAAUCUGUGGAAACCAAACCUUCAAAUGCGUUUACUGGCUCUCAGAUGGACAACAGGAUCCUGAAUGAGAUUACGAACUUUCAUAUUCAUAAAUGCUCCAGAACUGAUUUUUAAACUAUGGACAGAAAUCUUAAUUUCAUUUUACACUCUGCUCUAACUGUAUAAAUUCUGCGGAAACCAGAUUAAACAAUGUGGUACAGAA